AUGGUGUACAGAAUAUUAUUACUCCUUUUCGCUUCUUGUUACACGGUCCAGUCACAGCUAUGUGUAAGCAGUACUCUGCCAGCGUUCGCUUCACCUGCAACACCUCAAGUCAUCACUUCACCUGUAGUUGCCACCACAAUAGUAGAUAACUCAGUUUCCAAUGCUCUCGCAAACGCUCUUCAACUCUUUAUAGUCAGCGAUCUUAUCCAAUCCCGAUUAGGAGGAAAUUGUGCUCAAAAUCUAUUAAAUGGGGCCGUUGAAACAAUUACACCUGGUUUUGCAGCUGUUGAUGUUAUUUCCCCAUGCGCUGCAGCAGAAAUAGUUUCUCCAGCAGGGAUAUUGGAAACUAUAACUCCGAACAUUUAUGGUGGAGUCACAGAGACUUUAACACCCAUAGUGAGAGGUUAUCCUGAUCCAAUUAACACUAAUACAUAUAUUACGGAGACUUUUGUCCCUAACUGCUAUAAUGGUUGGACAGAAAAAGUAACACCGUGCGCAGAAGUUACCACAAACGUAUUCAACCCUGUAUUUGGUGGAGUGUCAGAAAUUAUUUCGCCACAAACCUGUGGCUGUGGUUCUUUAUCGCCUUGUGGCUGUGCAAAUAAUAUAUAUGGCUUACAGGAAAUAGCUCCUGUGACAUUACCAAGUUUUGGACCAAAUUAUUUCGGUGCGUUACCCGAGGUACUAACAAAUGGACCUUGUAAUCCAAAUUUUCUUAAUACUGAGUUGAUGCCACCUCUCCUGCCCAAUUACGGCGUUGGGAUUCCGGAGAUGAUAAUCCCGAAUAACUUCAUGCCAGGUUUUUCCGAAGUCAUUCCAUCUUUUGGCCAAAACUGUUACGGCAAUUUGCCAGAAGUUAUUUCUCCUGUACCCUAUACUCCUUGCGGUGAAAUAAUUUCUCCAAAUCCAUUUGGACCAUUCCCUAACGAGGUUAUAACUCCCAUUGGACCCUAUGGGCCUUUAUCUGCGGAAAUGUUGAUUCCUCCGAGUAUACCAGCCCAGCUAAAGUGUAAUAUUGGAUAUAGCAACUCCUUCCCGUGUAUAAAUUUUAACGUAGAACCAUUGCCUCUGGAAUCUACUUAUUUUAACAACUUUCCAAACUUUUAUUAUUAA